AUGGAGUUGAACUUGAAGAACAUUGACUUUGAGACCUCGAAGCAGGUGGACAUCGUGCCAACAUUCAAGGAGAUGAAACUACGACGCGAACUUCUCCGCGGGAUCUACGCGUAUGGAUUUGAGAAGCCAUCCGCCAUUCAGCAGCGCGCCAUCCUUCCGAUCGUAAGAGGCAAGGAUGUCAUCGCUCAGGCCCAGUCGGGCACCGGCAAGACGGCCACGUUCUCCAUCGGACUCCUUCAGAAUAUCGACACCGAAGUGAAGGAGACACAGGCGCUUGUUUUGUCACCAACCAGAGAACUGGCCGUGCAGAAUCAGAAGGUUUUGUUGGCUCUGGGAGACCACAUAAGCGUGCAAUGCCACGCCUGCAUUGGUGGGACGAGUCUCGGGGAAGAUAUUAGAAAGUUGGACUUCGGACAGCAUGUUAUUUCUGGCACGCCUGGCAGAGUUUUCGAUAUGAUUAAGAGAAAAAAUUUGAGAACACGAUCGAUAAGGUUGUUGGUUUUAGACGAAGCGGAUGAAAUGUUAAAGGUAGGUUUCAAGGAUCAGAUAUAUGAUGUGUACAGGUACCUGCUUCCAGCCAUCCAGGUUGUCAUCCUGUCUGCAACGUUCCCACACGACAUCCUAGAGAUGACCUGCAAAUUCAUGAACGAUCCGAUCAGGAUAUUGGUGAAGCGUGAUGAGUUGACCCAACAACUUGUAGUUGCUUUCAUGCAUGCGUCCAUGCCUCAAAAAGAAAGGGAGACCAUAAUGCAGGAAUUCAGAUCCGGAGGAAGCAGAGUUCUGAUAACUACGGACCUCUGGGCUAGAGGUAUUGACGUCCAGCAAGUUUCGCUCGUCAUCAACUACGACCUUGCGAGCAAUCGAGAGUUGUACAUUCACAGGAUUGGGAGUUCGGGCAGAUUUGGGAGGAAGGGGAUCGCCAUCAACUUCGUGAAACAGGAAGACGUCCGGAUACUCAGAGAUAUCGAAUAA